UGUCCCCCAGUGCGCGUUUGUCCAGUUCAUUGUGUAUAGGUGGAUCUUGUCACUUGGACAAAUGCUUUAUAAGCAGAUUCGUCAGUGAAGCGUGGAAAACUUGGCGCACUUUAGUAAUGUCGGACCAAAGGAUAUAUUUGUGUAUAAAUCAAAGUGAAGUGUCAUAAUGAAUCGGAAGCUUUUUGCAAUACAACUUUAAAAUAAUACUAUGUGACAGUGACAGUUUUAUUUUCACGCGACAUUAAUGUGUACAUCAAAAUGUAAAUAAAGUCUAGCUGAAAAGGAUCUUCGAAUGGCUCUGAAAAUUAAGAACUUUGACCAAAAAACCGGUUAAUUCUAGUAUGUAAAUUCGUUUGUCACAUAGUGUAAUUAAUAAAAUUCAAAUGGACGCCGUUAAUUUAACUGAAGUGUAUCUUUUUCAAUGUCAUUUCAUUGGUGUGGCAUUAAGGUAAAUGCGUAAUUGAAGUAUUUGUGCUAAUAUUGAGUGUGAUUUGUUCUCCACUUGACUUUGGGCUUAAGGCAUUUGCUACACAUCUCUAGUAUUUGGAUAUAAUUAUAUAUUUCCCGUUAACGAAUUCGCUUCAAAAUGCGCUUCACCAUAUUGAAUACGAUGCAACCCACUUUGGUUGAGAAAUCUUCUUCGCCUAGUUUUGACAGCUAUUCAGCCACCACACCCUUGAGUACAUCAUCACCACCACCGCCACGACCACAACGUCAAGUCACCAUUGAAGCAGAGCCUGAUUCGCUUGAUAGUGUUAUUAGUAAUCCACAGUCGUAUCCAAUAACAAUCGUACCAAAUCGACCGGCUAGUUUCUAUGGUUAUCCAACAACAAAUGGUGGAAAGACUUUCUGUCGUCAAGCGAGUACCAGAUCACGCAAUUUCCGGCCUGGUAGCAUGCGCAAAGUGCGCCGCCGCGCCGUUUUCAAGAAUGGCGACUGCAAUGUGCUGCAAAAGAAUUUGACACGCCGUCGUUUACGCUUCAUGCAGGAUCUCUACACCACGCUUGUCGACUCGCAAUGGCGCUGGACGCUGCUCGUUUUCGCGCUAUCUUUUAUACUCUCCUGGCUGUUCUUUGCCUUACUGUGGUGGCUCAUUAUGUACACACAUGGCGAUUUGGAGGAGAUGCAUUUGCCCGAUCAUCAAGAGGAGUCCGGUUGGUCGCCUUGCGUUUCUGCCAUACACGGUUUCACUUCGUGCUUUCUCUUCUCGAUUGAGACGCAACACACCAUUGGUUAUGGUGUGCGCACCACCUCGGAAGAGUGUCCCGAAGCCAUAUUCAUGAUGUGCUUCCAAUCUAUUUACGGCGUGAUGUCCUCCGCUUUUAUGGCCGGCAUCGUCUUUGCUAAAAUGACACGCGCCAAACAACGCGCACAAACGUUGCUCUUCUCCAAAUAUGCUGUGAUUUGUCAGCGCGAUGGUGGCUUGUCGCUGAUGUUCCGCGUUGGUGAUAUGCGCAAGUCGCAUAUUAUUGGCACUGCUGUUCGUGCACAGCUCAUACGCACGCGCACCACCAAGGAGGGUGAGGUGAUGUCGCAACAUUUCACUGAGCUGGAAAUUGGCGCCGAUGAGUGCGGUUCGGAUUUGUUUUUCAUCUGGCCCAUGAUUAUUGAACAUAAGAUCGAUGAGAAUUCACCUUUUUAUAAUAUGUCUGCUACGGACAUAUUACAGGAUAAAUUUGAGUUGGUUGUAAUAUUGGAGGGCACUGUCGAGUCUACCGGUCAGUCGACGCAGGCGCGUUCGAGUUAUGUAAAUACGGAGAUAUUGUGGGGUCAUCGCUUUGACCCGGUCGUUUUGUACAAUAAAGAACGUCAGGCGUACGAGAUUGAUUAUGCGCGUUUCAACGAGACGACGCAGGUGGAUACGCCGCUGUGCAGCGCGCGGGAAUUAAAUGAGAUUUACAAGAUUCAGGAAGGCUUCAGGACACCAGAAACCACAUUUACAGCGCGUCAGUUGUCCACCAAUCACUCCGAUAACUGAUAAAUGAAAAAUUUAAUUUCGAAAUAUGUUUUGCACCAUCCAUCGUCAUUUGUAGACGUUUAAAAAGCACUUUCACAAGACGAAAAUUAUGUACAUAUAUGUUAAUUUAAUAAAACACACGAACAUACGAAUUGUUAUUGUAAAUUUUGUGUAUUUGUAUGUCCUUUGUAUUUGAUAUGCAUUUAUAUGUACAUAUGUGUAGGCCAGCUUACAUAAGUAGUGCAGCGAAAUAUGGCUUAAAAUAAAAUUCUUGCUUAACUGCUUAGCUACUUAGUUGCCACAUAACUGUAAGUGAAUUAGUUUGAUAGAGAAAAUAUUUGUAUGUCGAUAAAUGUAAGAAGCACACCUGUAAUCAGCUGUCCCCGUUCUACCAUCAUCACCGUCCUGCUGUUGUGUU